AUGCGGCCGCCACCCACCGGAGCCGUCCCUCCGUUGCCCGAGACCUGCCGCCGCUACUGGACCCGCGGCGGCGCCCUCCGCAACGUUCCCAUCGGCGGCGGCUGCCGGAAAACCAAGAAACACAAGCCCUCCGGCGACUCCAACGCCCCUUCCGGCCCCGAUUUCUCCCACGCCGUGGAAUUUCCCAAAAUACCCUCCCUCGCCAUUUCCUCCAGCCCUUCCUUUAGCGCUGUGGGUUUUCAACAGAUGGGCUCAUUUAUCAACUCUCAGAGCAGCCUCACGAUUGAGUCGUUGAGCUCCAUCAAUCAAGACCUUCACUGGAAGCUGCAGAGGCAGAGGCUGGCCACCCUGUUUUCCGGCGGUGAUGAAGCUCACAAGAACCAGAAAAACUUUGAGCCGGCCGGUUCGUGUGGGAAUCAUAUUACCAAUAUUGGCCUCUCGACCGAGUUGUUUUUCAACAAUCCUUAUGCUGACGUGGCUCCGAGCAAUUUAAAUGAGGGUACCAGCUGGAGUAGUGGAAUCCAGGAUUUGUACUGA